AUGGCGGGGAACUUUGACAUAAAAGAAACAUACCUCCGGUUUCUGAAGGAAGACCCGGAGAUAACCAUGCCGAUUGCAGCUAUCGAAUCACUGGUGACUCUUUUAAAGGUCAAACAACCAGCCACAUCAGCAGAGCUCAUGCAGCUAAUCUCGGGAGCCACCACGGAACUGAAGAACUCCAUCCCAAACGCAAUCUCGCUGUCUGCUGGCUGUGAUCUGUUCACAAGAUUCGUGCUGAGAAACACACAUUUAUACUCGGAUUGGGAGGCGUGCAGGAUACAUUUGACGGAAAACGGUCAGCUCUUUGUGAAGAGAGCCAAGGAGAGCCGUCAGAAAAUAGCCACGAUCGGAUUGCCUUUCAUCAGGGACGAUGAUAUAGUGCUUGUACAUUCAUAUUCGCGUGUGGUUUUAAAUCUACUAACCCAUGCUGCCUCGAAAUUCAUAAGGUUCAGAGUUUACUGCACCGAGGCCCGUCCUGUUCCAGACAGUGAACGCAGAAGCAUGGUGGACGAGCUAAGGGCCAACGGCAUACCGGUUGCCAUGAUCCAUGACUCUCAGGUUGGCUACGUCAUAGACAAGGUGGACAAGGUGUUUGUGGGUGCUGAGGGUGUCUCGGAGAGUGGAGGCAUCAUCAACCACAUUGGGUCGUACCAGGUUGGUGUGUUGGCCAAGAACUCCAACAAACCGUUCUACGUGGUUGCUGAAAGUCACAAGUUUGUGAGAUUGUUUCCAUUGGGACCUGAUGAUCUCCCCGCAAACAAAAAUCCUAUCGAAUUUACCACGCAGGAUGAAGAUAUCAAUGUUGAGCACCACGUCGACUUUACUCCUCACGAGUAUAUCACUGCCUUGAUCACGGAUCUAGGUGUCCUCACGCCCAGUGCUGUUUCCGAGGAAUUGAUCAAGAUGUGGUAUGAUUGA